GCCUCUCUUUUCUUGUGUAUUAUUCAUUAAUUCUGAUUCUCCUAAACAUUUUGUCCCAGUGGCAAGAGCUACCAGAGACAAUGAUCCAACAGCAUCUUCUAAAAUUAUUCCGGAUAACACAGUCCAUUCGUGAACGCUGGGUUUACCCGUUUUCUUCAGAAAAUUAUACUUUUCUAUACAAAGCUUGGCUACUCUGUCUGCAAAAUCUUUCGUCAUUUAUUCAUAAAUUUAAUCGUAAAUAUCUUUACACACAGCUUACAGCUUUUAGAGCGCGCGCGAGCGGUGUGUGUGUGUGUGUGUGUGUGUACUGUACACACACGUGUUUAAAGUUUCGCUCGCAACUCGCAAAUUCGCAACGUAAUACAGACUUAACUUUUAGUAAACUACAAACAAUAAGAAUAAAAAUAUGAAUUAAAUAUUUCAAAUAUUGAACGUCAAGUGAAACGUGCCUUUAAUUGUGUGUAGUAUACACGAGUAUUUUUUUUUCUUCCUCAGAAAGCAACAUUCUAGAUUCGAAUAAAAUUAGCUUUUCUUGACAAAAUGUUAAUGAUGUUUCGGAAAGUUGUCAACAAGAUGCAAGGAGCUACCUGCCAAACAUUAAAAUAUUGUACAAUCGUAGAAAAUGAAACGAAAGCUGUAGGUAUUACACCGAUUAUAUCAAAGAUACAAUAUAACGACGAAAACAAUAUCUACCAAAAACCUCGGCAAGUAUGGUUAGAAAAUUUAGAUACUGUAGAAGAAAAAAAAUUAGGCUUGAUCACUUUACAUCCACAUAUUUAUGCGGCUGCACCUCGUAUCGAUAUUAUCCACCAGAAUGUUCACUGGCAAAAAAUGUAUCGUUGGGUGAGUUAUGCACAUACGAAAACGCGUGCUGAAGUCAGAGGUGGUGGUAGGAAGCCUUGGCCUCAAAAAGGCACAGGACGUGCUCGUCAUGGAAGUAUACGUUCACCACUAUGGAGAGGUGGUGGAGUAGCACACGGUCCUCGUUCUCCCACACCACAUUUUUAUAUGUUACCAUUUUAUACUCGUGUAAUGGGUCUUACAGCAACGCUAUCUGUGAAACUUGCGCAAGAUGAUCUGCAUAUAGUUGAUGAAUUAGAAAUUCCAACAUCUGAACCUUCUUACAUAGAACAACUAAUAGAGAAGAGAAAUUGGGGGCCAUCGGUUCUUUUUGUAGAUAGCUAUGAUAUUAUGCCUACAAAUAUCACACUAGCUACCGAUCAGAUUAAACAUAUUAAUCUGAUGCCUGUUUAUGGUCUAAACGUAUAUAGCAUGCUGAAACACAACACUCUGGUACUUACAGAGAAAGCAGCCAGAUUGAUAGAAGAAAAAUUACUUUAUCAAUUACAUAGAACAGAUUAUAAAAAAAUAUCACGUGCAUUCGAACUUAAUCAAAAUAAAAACUUCUUUUUAAAAACUUGUGUGUAUUACUGUUUUCAUAAUAUAUAUACAAUUGCUCAUGCACGCAUAUAUCUUAAAUAUCUAUACUUACAAUACCUAUGUAUUAACAAGUGACAGUGUCAUUUUUUGAAAGAGAUUGCCAUGUAUAAUUUAAUUACAAUUAAAAAUUUAA